AAAAGAGAGAGACGAGAACCCAGAAGGACAAAACAAGAUUCAGACAUUUCAACAGACAUUUCUCUUUGAUAUACAGGUGUUUGUGUGAUUGAGUGCCAUUAUGACUGGACUGACCGUGCUUUGGUCUCUUCUGGCUCUGCUCUGUACUGUCCUGCCGUCGUCUGCUGCUCAGGGCAGCUGUGUGGGCAGAUGUGGAGAGCAGUUCAGCCGUGGACACAUCUGCAACUGUGAUUACAACUGUUUUGUUCAUGGCGAGUGCUGCAAGGAUUUUGAGGACAUCUGCACCGCCAGUGAGUCCUGCAGAGGUCGCUGUGGUGAGCCGUUCCGCCGUGGCCGUCAGUGUGAGUGUGAUUCUGGCUGUGUUCUCCACAACUCCUGCUGCCCAGACUACAGCACACACUGCGAUGCUUUCUCCCAUUUGCAAGCUCCAAGAAGCUCCAAACCAAACAAACCAGCAGAUUAUACUGAGGAGUGUAUUGCAGCAUGUCUUGCAGCUCAGCAAAACCCAGAUGUGAUGAGAUAUGGGAGUGGACUGAAUAAUUUGAUGACUCCAUCUGCCUCUCCGUUCCUUGCUGGUGAUGUGUCUCAGGACGGCCCCUAUACUCCUCUGUCCGCCUCUGACAUCCCUGGUUUGUCUUCCAGUCCUUCUGAAUUUCAUCUGGCAGAAUCGGAUGCUGCUGCUCCCCUCCAGCCAGCAGGGGCUUCCUCUGAGAAUCCACAAGCUGUACCGGUGCAGGUGUCUCUCUCCAUCAGCGGGCAAGCAGACAGGCCAUCCAGCAGUUCAGGCAGACCCAGCAUUCCUGCAGACAUCGCUCAGGCUCCAGCGGACAGCAGCCCUGCUGGACCAGGGCUCAAUCUCUGCAGUGGAGUUGUCAUUGAUGGAAUGGCUGCUCUUUUCAACGGCUCCAUUAUUGUUUUCAGAGGUCACUUUUUCUGGCUGCUGAACCCCAAGACCAGAAGGGCUGGUCCUGCUCGCAGAAUCACUGAAGAACUAGGCGUCCCGUCACCCAUUGACACGGCCUUCACACGCUGCAACUGCCAGGGCAAGACCUACAUCAUCAAGGGUGACAGUUACUGGAGUUUUGAGAAUGGGGUUUUGGAGUCUGGAUAUCCAAGAUCUGUGUCGCAAGAUUUCGGUGGGCUCAGCGGUGACAUCACUGCUGCUCUCCCAGUCCCAGCCACCAGAAAGAGGCCCGAAUCGGUCUACUUCUUCAAGAAAGGGGGUAAAGUUCAGAAACUCUCUUUUCCUCCUGGAAGUGGACCAAAUUGCAGUGGGAAGAGGUCUAAAAAUGCUGACAAGCCCUCCAAAAAUGGCAAACAAGCAGAAAUCCAGCUAUCAGGGGAGAUCAACAUCAAGCUGAAAAUGAAGGGUUUUCCCAGUGCUGUGUCAUCAGCAGUGUCCAUGCCCAACCCCAGGAAGUCUGAUGGCUUCGAUUACCUUGUUUUCUCCUGGCCUAAAGUCUUGAACGUCAAGAUUAGCGGUGAUCUGCCUGCUUUGACUGCUCCUGCCAGCCACUCGUCACAGCAGAAUGACAUCACCAAGUGGCUCCACUGCGCCUAAAACUCCAGCGAUAAACAAACCGCGCCAGCAGCUGCUCUGCGAGAAUGAUUCUCCAUUUAUUAGCAAAACAUAGCAUCAGGAUGAUUACUCACAAAAUAUAAAAUAACAAAUCUAAAGCAAUGAUUUCAAGCACACUGAAACCAAACAUUAAACAUAAAACAGCAGUGAGCUGAUGGUUUUGAAGAGUCACGGAUGUGAGCUCAGUGUUUCUGCCGGGCAGACGCUGGAAAUGCAGCUGGAUUUAGAAAGGGGAGCCUCUGCUGAGCCCUCGACCCCGACCUCCACGAGGAAAACCUACAAGAAAAAAUUAAAACCAAGAUAUUUUUUUUUCCACAAGUUUUCUCCAAAACAAAUCUGAAAGCUUCUGUAUGCAUUUACAAUAUUCUCUGCUUCAUUAAAACUCAGAAAAGCUUUCAAAUGCA